UAACGCCAACCAACUCCAAUCAGUAGGUGGCGCUAGUGUCCGGUUACGUAUGAAGAGAAUCGCCCGUGAAAACCUGAGAAGAAACAGUAAGUAGUCAGAAGUGUGGAGAAGUCGUAAGGUCCGAAAUUUACAGUGUAAAGAUGCAGACCCCAGCAGAGUCAAUCAUCCACAGUGGAUAUUUCCACCCGAUGCUAAGAUACUGGCAGACCUGCUUCACAGAUUUAAGACCUGACAAUCUCAUCUACCCCAUAUUUGUCACGGAUAGUGCAGAUGCUGUGGAGUCUAUUAAAAGUAUGCCGGGACAGGCCAGAUAUGGUAUAAACAAGCUGGAGGAUAUGCUGCGCCCUCUUGUGGAGAACGGCUUAAAAUGUGUGCUGAUUUUUGGCGUUCCUGCAAAAAUAGCAAAGGAUGACAGGGGAUCAGGAGCUGACACAGAUGACACCCCGGCUAUCCUGGCAGUGAAGAAGAUCAGGUCUUUGUUCCCAGAGCUGCUGGUGGCCUGUGACGUCUGCUUGUGUCCCUACACAUCACACGGACACUGUGGUAUCCUGAAUGAUGAUGGCAGUAUAAACAAUGACGCCAGCUGCCUGCGUUUAGCAGAAAUAGCGCUGGCCUAUGCUCAGGCUGGCUGCCAAAUCAUUGCUCCCUCUGAUAUGAUGGAUGGAAGAAUCCGAGCUAUAAAACAAGCUCUGCUGUCUAAUAGUCUGGGAAACAAGGUUUCAGUGCUGAGCUACAGUGCAAAGUUUGCUUCUUGUUAUUACGGUCCUUUCAGAGAUGCUGCACAGUCCAAACCUGCUUUUGGGGACAGACGCUGCUAUCAGCUGCCUCCUGGAGCAAGAGGACUCGCCCUUCGAGCUGUUGAGCGAGAUGUGAGAGAAGGAGCCGAUUUACUGAUGGUGAAACCAGGUCUGCCGUAUCUGGACAUCAUCAGAGAAGUCAAGGACAAGUUCCCCACUCACCCUCUGGCAGUGUACAAUGUAUCUGGGGAGUUUGCCAUGAUGUGGCACGGAGCACAGGCUGGAGCGUUUGACCUACGGGCUGCUGUAAUGGAGGCCAUGACAGCAUUUCGGAGAGCAGGUGCCGAUAUUAUCAUCACUUACUACACACCUCAGCUGCUCACUUGGUUGAAAGAGUAACAAAGGAAACUCUGAGACCAAAAAAGGAGGGGACCAACAGACAGACUUAGACUCCAGUACAAACAAAGGACACUAAGGCAAAUCUGAAUUCAUGAAAGCAUUUUUUGGGCUAAUGGGAUGAAUCGUGAUUAAUCACAGUGAUGCACAUUAGCUUCUAAAUGUUUAAGGACUUGGUAUCAAUCAACAGUGACAAUGUAUCCUCUAACAGUACACGUGUUUUGUUUUGGGAUUGUUAUUAAAUUAAUUCAAACAUUUAUGCAUUAAUAUAACACAGUUAUCGUACAGUGUAGUACGUAACUGUUGCCUCUGCUACACCUCAGUGGUCCCUUAACAAGCUCGUAGUGAUUAAAAAAAGGAAAAUCGUUUAUUCCCAGCUGUA